UUUAUCCCGUAAAUAGCUUAUUUCAGGUGAAUCACAUUGCAAAUAUAUCGAAUAUAUCAGUUGACUUCAUAAGCGCUUGAGUGGAAUCAAUUAGUUGAAUUCUGAGUAUUUCGCAUAAUGUUUCACCGACUAAUUUUCUUACGCAGUCAAAAAAUUCAGCGCCUUUCAGACUGAAAACGUUGUUCGGUAAAAUAGAUGUAUCACACUUGUUGUUCAUUUAUGAAUGUAAUUUAACAGUGAAAAUAACUUGAUCUAGAACUUCACAAAAUAAGAGGCACGGUCUUACAAUAUAUGCAAAGAAAGAAAAAGCUGCAUGCGUUGAAAAAAUAAGGGAGAGAAAAAGAAGACAUUUUAAAUAAGAAUCUUAGUCAGAGUCGGCUUGAAGAUAAUUAGAGAAAGCGAAUAUUUUGAAGACGGAAUGGCAGUUUCAACACCCUAUCACAAUUAUGAUAUCUUCCUUCGUUAGCUCGUUUAUCCACUAGAUAUGACUUUUCUUCAGCCGAAGAAAGUCUUUAGUACUAAAUGAAAAAAGAAACAAGCUUGACUUUUCAUUGGUUAAUUUGGUUUGGUUUAAACUUUAUUCAUUAGUAUAUAAUACUGUUACAAUUCCCAAGAAACACACGAAAUCGACUGAGUCAUUGCACCUGCGUAAUAUCCAGGGAGAGGAGAAGACGAGAAAACAAAUAAAAAUUGCAUAAUCACUUGAAAAGAAGAAAAAGAAAGAAAAAACGAAAAGUAAAAACAUCAAUAAGAAAAGAUAAAGAAGAAGAGAUGAUGUGAUCAAGAAUAGUCAGAAUGUAGAAGAAAAACAGAAAAAGAGGAAAACAAGAAGGAGCCAUCAAAUUUGAAAAAGAAAAUAGAUACGUAUAUAAUGUAAGAUUCAGUGGUCGAAACGACCACUUUCUUUUGUAAAUAGUAUUACAGCUUUGUAUAUAAAAGUCAAAUGAUCACAUUCAAAAAAGCCAAGUAGAAGAAGAGAAGAAAGACAUAUAUCUCGCCAACAAAUUACGAUCUACACCUGACUCUUUCCGCCGCAAUGCCAGAAAAAGCAUUGAUAUAGUGAAUAAAGGUUAAGGCAGACGAAGAUGCUAUUUUAUAUAGCUUAGUACAGAGCGUAUUACGUAAAACUAUACCACUUUUUGCGCACACAAAUGUCUCACGGUAUUGAAGUUGUACUAUGGUUACUUCAUGGAUUUCUUCAUAUGUCGUGUCUUUUAUACAUUUCACAGGCCGAAAUGUAUAUAUUAUCAUAAGGUAAUUUCAUAUGCUUUUCGUAAAGGGAAAUACAAUCUCUUUCUCACUUCCUGUGCAUGGUGGGAUGAGGUUUUCAUCUACUAGCUCCUUUAUGCAUGGAUUCUGAAAAUAAUUUCUAGGUUCCAUUUCUUUUCGACAUAUAGUGAAUUCAUUUCCUGUAUCACAACGUUCUUUAUCCAAUGCUUCAACGAAGUCUAAAAACUUUUAAAGAGCAGAUAUAAAGGCAGUGUACCUUAAAGAAAAUACGAAAAUUCAGAAACUGCUAUUUUUAAAUGAUAAUUAAUUUCAUCUAAUCGAAGUUUACUUGAUACCAGCUUGUUUUUCUUAACAAUAGAAUUUAUUCUUAGCAGAACGUUCAGGAGGAUAUUCAAAAAGAGAGUCUCGGUCCGCCUGCUGAGACUGUAAAACACGAUUCGACACUUCGAAGACCAAUACGUAACUCAAAAGUUAUGCUGCAUCGAAUUGUAACAGGAACUAGUUUAAGAAGUUUUUUAAACAAGUUUUCACCACAUUUAAGAAACUAAAACGCGGAAUCCGUGCAAGUGAUGUCGUGUCCUUAUAGUUGAUUGGCAUAAAUGGCUAAAAGAAUUCUUGGAAUUUGCUCUGAGUUUUCUCCAUUAUGCAGUAUUUAACGAAAGAAAAAAGUUCAUCGCGACAGAUUGUAAUAGAACAUAUUUAUACACAAGGUUUUAUUAUCAAAUAAGCUGCUUAGUUAAAGAAAAAAGGCGAAUCGUUGAAGAAACGAUCGAUAUUUUGGAGCAUUUAUCUUUUCUCACUUGCUUAAAGGCUCAUCUACAGUUUGCCUAAAGCGGUAUAUUUAAGGGAUUAUUGUUGAUGCUAAUCACCGAUCUGAUAUGUGUUUCUGCCACUAGACCUUUCUUAAAUGAGAAAAUAGGCUUUGAAGACUCUGAUCACCGUAAUCGUCAAACCAUCUUGUGCUGCUCCCUCUCAAGAAAGAAAAGGUCACCGAGCUGAACAAUCUUCAAAAACAAGUAAUUUUACGGACAACUGUACAAAAUACUGGCCUAGCUACACCAGAAAGCCGAAAACAGUUGGAACAACUAAUAACAACCAUCGUGAAGAAACAAACAGAAUUAAAAUCUCUAGCAUUUUUGUGACAGAGUCAAUCAAACUUCAGAAAGAAAAAGAAAUUAGUAAUUUAAAAAACAGCUGAAGAACAUCCAGAUGUUGACAUGAAAUUAAAAUAUAUUUUCAAAGAAGAAACAGGUCUACCAAGUGCAGAAGAAAAUCAACCUAAGCUCUUGUCCGUAAAAGAAGAAAUUGCUAGUAUCGGCACUGUUGCUCAACAACGUCAUUCAGAAGUCUUACGACCGCGUCUCAUACUUGAUGAUUUAGUUGAAAGAUUGAAAUCUUAUGGUUUAGAAAUAAAUGACGCACAUUGUAUUACAGUUGACGGUGGUCCGGAUGAAAAUCCGCGAUUUCCGAAAACUUUAUUAUCAGCAACAGAUGUUGUCAAAACCCAUCAGUUAGGUACAUUAUAUACAUUGACUCAUGCAUCAGGACAAUCAGCAUACAAUCCGGUCAAAACGACUUACUCUGUUGUUGCUCAAUUUGCUGAACAUCGUGAUCGUGAUGCAGAAGGAGAUUUGCAAGAUUUUGACGAAAGUUGGCGCUCUAGACACGUUCUACAGACACAGUAUACGUGUCAAAUCGUUUUCUGUGAUAAUGUUGGUUGUUGUGAUGCAAGACGUUCAAACUACAUUCAAGUAUUUCCACAUCGUUUUUUGCCUGCACCACUUCCCUUUGAACGUAAUGCCGAAGACUUCGCACUCGCAAAACACGAUAAUGGAAAUACUGCAUUCUAUGGAUCACUUUUUCAAAGAUUAUCACUAAAGCGCUUUGUUACAACAUCUUUGAAAAACGAUGUUAAAGGUUUUCUAGUAGUAUCUGUGGAAAGCCAGCUUGUCAAAGAUCGAAGACAUGAUGUAUUUUCGUCAACAAACACUACAAUCGACAGCCCUGGCAUUGUUUUAGAAUUCUACGGCAUUGGUACUUAA